AUGGGGGAAGAGACACGGAGACAGGAGAGAAGGAUCGAUGCGGAGAAGCGCGCGGUUUCCUCUCUUCUUUUCCGCAUCAUUCGCAGCCACUCCACACCAGUAGCCAACAGCACAGCGAGCGAUGAAGCCACCGCUGCCGCCGCCGCAGGGCAACAAAACUUUGCAAGUAGAAAAAGAAGAGAGACAAAGAAGAGAGAGAAGUCGUCGUCGUCGUGCGUCUCUCACUGUUUUUUGGUAAUGGGACACGGGAAGGCGUUCGUCUUUUGA